AUCAUCAAAUUCACUUAUUUGUUUGGCGUGUUUGUGUUAUUGAAUAAACUUUUAUCGUUCUUACAAAUUCAUUUUCCAUGAAUAAAUACGUACGCAUAUUCAAGUACCAUAUUCACCAUAAUAAAGUAUAAAACAAUUUCGUUAAAAUGCUUGUGUUUCAAGAUAUUUGGGUAGCAAUAUUACUUGCACAUACAACCAUCAUCUUGAAUACCAUCCAUUGCCAAAGAGUGGAGUGCAAUCCAAGAGUAGUUCAAGAGGAUGAAAAUAAAAUUGUCUGUGUUUGCAAUGAAACGUAUUGUGAUUCCCUUGGGCCAAUUACACUUCCGGAAAAAGGAAGCUUCAUUAUCUACACGUCCAACAGAAAAGGACAACGGUUAAAGAAAAUUGUUAAGUCGUUUGUUCAUGGAAAACGACGGUUGUCUCAAUAUCAUAGCGCUUCCCCGUAUAAAAUAAAAAUUACGGUGGACACCAGUAAAACGCGUCAAACUGUGCUUGGCUUUGGAGGUAUGUUUAGUUGGAGAUUAAACGGAGCUUUUACAGAUGCGGCCGGAAUAAAUAUCGCAAGUUUAUCAGAACCCUUACAGAAGCAAUUGUUAAGCUCAUAUUUUGGGCCGGAUGGGAUCGGCUACAGCAUCGGGAGAAUUCCCAUCGGCGGAACAGAUUUUUCAACGCGACCUUACACCUACGACGACAAUAAUCUUAGAGUUGAUAUGAAUCUGUCAGCUUUCUCUCUUCAGAAAGAAGACUUUGAAUAUAAGAUUCCAUUUGUGAAACUCGCACAAAAUCUGGAGCCCACUCUGCUUCUGUAUGGAAGCCCAUGGACAGCUCCACCAUGGAUGAAAACGAACAAGGCUUACACAGGAAGGGGAAUGCUUCAGAAGCAGUAUUUCAAAGUGUGGGCCAAUUACAUAGUCAAGUUUUUGCAAGAGUAUGAAAAGCAAGGCGUUAGGAUGUGGGGGUUAACUACUCAAAAUGAGCCGAUUGAUGGGCUAAUCCCAUUCUUCCCGUUCAACAGUAUGGGUUGGACGUCGUCCAUGCAGAAAGACUGGGUUAAAAAUUACUUUGGACCCAUUCUUCAUGAAAAUGGAUAUCAAGAUGUUAAAGUGAUGAUUCUGGAUGAUAAUACUAUUUUACUUCCUUAUUGGGCAAAAGAUGUUUUGUCGGAUCCAGACGCGUCGAUGUUCGUAUCCGGAAUUGGGGUUCAUUGGUAUACCAGACAGCUCUCGGGUUACGAAGGAGUUCGAAAAACCCUGGACCUAUUUCCGGAUAAGUUUAUAUUGGCCACGGAAGCAUGCGCAGGAUUUUUAAAAUGGCAAGACAAUGUGGACCUGGGAUCUUGGGAACGAGGGGAAGAAUACGGUGAGGAUAUCAUCCAGGAACUUAAUCAUGGUGCAUCAGGUUGGACAGAUUGGAAUAUUGCCCUGAACAAGUUGGGGGGUCCAAACUGGGUCAACAUGGGGGCAGAUUCUCCCAUAAUUGUCGAUUCCGAGGAUAUGGAAUUCUACAAGCAGCCAAUGUUCUACAUCCUCGCACAUUUCUCAAAGUUUUUUACACGGAACUCGGAAAUAAUUUCCAACCAAAUUAGCGCAAAUAAUUCCAAUCUCAUCAGCUCUCUGAUUAGUGGCUUAUCUGGUUUCGACGCACAGCUAAAUCCGGACUUUGCGAAAAACAUAUUUGCAGUUGCUGCACUCCGAAGUGACAAUGCAGUCGUAGUGGGAAUACUUAACAAAAACGAGUUUCCCGUUCUAGUUGACCUCGUGGAUAGCAAUGGAGGCCGUGGUACAGCGGUAUUUAAUAUUAGUGAGAAAUCAAUGUCAACAAUUCUGUUUAUGAGUUAGUCAACAAUAAAUAAAUAAAUUUCAUACAGAUUUUAUUGACAAAAGCAAACUUUGUAUUAGAACAGUAUCAAAGAAUAUAUGAAAUAAUUGAUUAUAAAGCUGGAA